AUGCCUGGGCUAAAAGGAAUUUGGGGAGUGCUACGCAAGUACAUGCGGUUUAUAGGCCCUGGCCUUAUGGUCUCUGUCGCCUACAUGGAUCCUGGUAACUACUCGACCGCCGUGGCUGCUGGUUCAGCUUUCCAAUACAAACUUCUAUUCUCCAUCUUUUUAUCCAACUGUCUAGCGGCAUUCUUGCAAACUUUGUCGGCCAAGCUCGGUGCUGUCACUGGUUUGGAUUUGGCCGCUAACUGCAAAGAGAAUCUACCCCACAGACUCAAUAUUUUCAUCUACGUUUUGGCGGAGAUCGCUAUUAUUGCCACAGAUUUGGCUGAAGUUGUGGGUACUGCCAUCGCUUUAAAUAUCUUGUUUAACAUUCCCUUGACUCUAGGAGUCAUCAUCACCAUGGUGGACGUUUUGAUCGUUCUCAUGGCCUACAGGCCAAACGGCCCUUUACUUUUCAUCCGCAUUUUUGAGUCGUUUGUCUCAGUCCUUGUUGGCGCUACAGUUGUUUGCUUUGCGAUUCAGUUGUUCCAAGUGUCCAAAGAACCCAAUUUUUCGUUCAUCGACGUUUUGAAAGGCUUCUUACCUAAUGAGAAGGUGAUUGACACCAGCGAGAGAGAGGGCGGAAAUGGCCUUUUCUUGAGUUUGGCGAUUAUGGGAGCUACCGUGAUGCCCCACUCUUUAUACCUCGGUUCAGGCUUAGUGCAAGCUAGGCUAAAGGACUUUGACAUCAAGCAUGGAUACUACACACCACCUAAGCAGGUAGAAGAGGUACCUGCCGAAAGUCUUGAAGAAGAGAGAGUACACUUGACUGGAGAGGAAUACGCCACUGCUGUUGGCGCCAAAGAAGAAGAGGAAGAGUACUACAGGCCCUCAGUUCAUGCCAUUAACGACACCAUGGCAUACACAAUUGCAGAGCUUGUCAUUUCACUUUUCACUGUGGCUUUGUUUGUCAACUCAACUAUUUUGAUUGUUGCCGGUGCCACCGUGGGAACGAAAAGCAAGCGUGACGACGACCACGAAGAUUCCGAUUCGGAUGAUGAAGGCUCACACAAUGCUGAUUUAUUCACCAUCUACAACCUUCUUUCGACUCAUCUUUCACAAACUGCAGGAUUUGUGUUCGUGCUUGCUCUUCUUUGCUCCGGUCAAUCUGCUGGUGUUGUCUGUACACUUGCGGGCCAGAUGGUAUCUGAGGGCUUCUUGCUGUGGAGUUUCUCCCCCGUGAUUCGUCGUCUUGUCACUAGAGCAUUGGCGAUCUUUCCUUGCAUAAUGGUUGUUUCGUUCGCAGGAAGAGAUGGUUUGUCGAGGACGUUAAAUGCCUCGCAGGUUGUCUUGUCUAUUUUGCUUCCUGUUGUCACAGCUCCAUUGAUUUACUUUACGUGCUCCAAGAAAAUUAUGAGUGUUCCCAUCUUGGUGAGAGAUGGUGAUGAGGAUGUGGACACCAUCUUCGAGGAAGAAUUAUCGUUUGGCAGUGACUCCAAUACUCAGAACACGGUGGUCCCUCAGCGGAACCGUUAUUCUGUCGGUGAGCCCGCCAUCAGGCUUCAGGACCUCAGGAAGGCACAUCCAUGUGUCGGCUGGGAAGACGAAACUGACGACGAAAGUCAUGAACGCCAGAACAUGGUGCUGCAGCAGAGCAGAUCGGGUGCCCAUUUCCCUACACUUGCAAGUACACAGAGAACAGAGUCCACAAACCCACCUUCAUACACUGCCAACCCGGACUCCAUAGACACGUCCGACGAGGAUCUUUUCCGUAUCAAGGGUUACAGUGAUAUGAGUAAUGGCCCUUGGAUGACGUUCUUUUCGAUUACUUCAUGGAGUUUUGUCACGUUGCUCAACAUUGUGCUCAUAGGCAGCUGGGUUCUCGGCUAUGAUGUCCCUCUCUAG